AUGCGAGAUGAGCAUGUGGAGCUGCAAGGGGAGGCCAUGGAUGAGGAAGAUCAGGAAGAGGGCGCUGCAAAUCCUGAGGAUGAGGUCAUCGACAUCAGUUCCGAUGAGGAAUCUCAGAAGGCACAGGAUGAUGACGAAGGACCCCUGGUGGCGUCUGACAGUGACGGGGACCACAAAGAUGAAGAGGAGAAAGUGAGGUGUGCAACCUACACAUUGGAGGAAGAAGCAGGUCAGUGGUGGCAGUCUACCGAGCGUUCAAUGAUAAGGUCUCAACAAGAACAUGAGGAAGAAGAUGAGGAUGCGCUAGUGUAUACUUGGAUGGGAUUCAAGGAAAAGUUUAAAGCCAAGUAUUUCCCAAAGAGCUGGAAGGAAGAAAGAAUCUGGGAGUUUAUGAGGCUCAAGCAGACUGAUGAGAUGUCUGUGAAUCAAUAUGACAACCGAUUCACUUAG